GCGAAUUUUGUUCAUUCCGGGUAUCCGUAGUGUAAUCAGAAAGUGGUGCAGGAGUAAGUAACUGACAUUGAACUUUCAUAAAGGUGGUGCUUUAAGCAUCCUUUGGAGUUAAAUCGGAUAAGUAACCAGGAGCAAUGUGAUGAGACUCCAACCAGACAUGGGGCAUCAGGAUGGUCCGAGGGGCAGAAGAGGCCAGCAUCUCAAUCCCACGACCAACAUGUAACUCAGAGGGACAGAUUUGGGGGGGGGGAGAGAGAGAGAAAGAAAACACAUGUUGUUAGCGAGUUCCUCAUGCUGAGUACCAAGCAUCUAGCUGAUGUGGGCUACCGCGUCUUCUCUGGGUCCAUGAUGCUGCUGACCCUGUAUGGAGGCUACCUGUGCACCCUGCGUGGCUACCGCUAUGUGCAGAGACAGAAGCAGCUCCAACUGGCUGCACAGAAUCAGAGCAUUGACCCUGAGAUAGUCAAGGACUGAUCAUCUGUUCAUCCAGGAACAUACAGGCUGUUUCAUCUCCUUUCAUUAUGAGAGCUCACCCACUCUUCUCUAUGGAUAGCAAAUGAAAUGGUGUGUAAAAUAUACACACACUGUAAAAUAAAUAUUUUUUAAAAUGUCUGUUGUAAUAUUAAAUGGAGUACAAAUAA